AUGCACCAGCAGCUGCUACCUGCACUCCUAAUACUUCCAGUCAUUACUCUCGGAGUCGAAUUCAUAAACCCUCCACCUUUCCAAUCCACAAAUGACUUCUCUCUCAACACCAUCUAUAUUGAAGGUUCUCUGGUGAACAUUGAAUGGACGGCUGGUCCACCUGGUAAUGAUACUUCUCUAUCCCUCUGGCAGUUUGAUGGGACUCAAUACCUCAGACUAGGGGAUCAGAGUGUCGGGUCGUCAAAUACGUCAACAACGUCUGCGGCCAUCGGGUCGAUACCAGCGUCACCUUCGACGUUACCUGCUCCUGCGGCACCGACUGCUUCUGAGCAAGCUACUCCCACACCUUCAUCAUCGCCUGAAUCCUCGAGUGGACUAGGAGCAGGCACUAAAGCGGGCAUAGGGGUUGGUGCAUCGGCAGCUGGUAUUUUGGCCGUUGGGGCAGCUGCCUUCUUAUUGUUGAGGCGAAAGAGAAAGCAGGAUGUCACUGCGCCUAGUGAAGAGCAGCAGAAAUCGCAAGUUCAAGAAUUGGAGGAAACCAGGAUAUUUGAGCUACAAGAGGACCCUGGGCCGCGAGAUGGAACAACCGUCGAAGCGUGA